AUGUCUGACGGAAACGCUUCCACCGGCCAGUCCUACUUGGACCAAGCCUCUGGCCUCGCCCAGCGUGCCAUGGGUACCGUGACUGGCGACUCCUCCACUCAAGGCGACGUCAAGAAAGCCGAAGGCGAAGCCAAGAACGACGCAUCCCACACAACCGCCAAGCUAGGCCCCAUCUCCGCCGACCCCAACACCGGCGCCGUCGCCAAGGACAACGAGAACCGCCCAACAGGCCAGUGGGACCAAACUCUCGGUUCUACCAAGGAGGCCAUCGGCAACGUCAUUGGCAACGAGAACCUCCGCCGCACUGGUGCUGAGCAGAACGCCGCUGGCAAGGAGCAGGAGGCUAAGGGCCAGCUCAAGGACUGGGGUGAGGGUAUCCAGAACCGCGCUCAGGGUGCUCUUGGCUCUGUGGGUGCUGCUGUUAAGGGUGAUCGUGAGAAGGAGCAGGAGUACCGCGAUCAGCAUGAUGAGGGCAAGGUGCGCCAGCGUGGUGCCGAGGCCGAUAUUGUGAAGAAGCAGGGCGAGUAA